AGAGCAGGGAGGGGAGUUUAAACUAAGUGCUAUGUUUUGGGACAGCUAAUCUGCUAGCGAGGAGUGUUAGGAUCGGAGCGUAUUGUGCGGCGGAGAGAUAAGGCAGACCGCCGAGCCCAACCGACCGACCGAUUGUCUGACUGACUUCUCGUUUGAAUGCGCUGACUCCAGGGAGCCUUGAAAAAAAUAUAUAUAUUGAUUCAAGGGAUCUUGGACACUAACUGCAUGGUCCAAGAGCCAAAAGCAAAGAAAAGAAAGGACAUCGUAGAUUUUUUUUUUUUUAAACUUGAUUUUUUAUUUCUUUUUUUUACGCUUCUGGGACUGAUUCCCAAAGCCGAGGAACGGAGAAGCCGACAAUAGGACAGAAUACUAAAAGUACCCGAUUUUUGAAGAUGUUCGAAAUAAGCCGAACACUCAACGCCGCCUUGCUGAGCAAUGAGCAUCUCAAGAUGAUGGCGAGGUACGGGCAGCUCUCGGGACUAGCAGCCAGUGGCGUGGGCUCCGUACCCGAGUCGCACUCGCCGCUAUUUCCCAGGGAUCUCCCGUCAUCGCCCGCCCAGACGGGGUACAGGUCAUCCCUGGGGUCGACAGAGACACAGUGGCGUCAGGCAGAGCUCCCACAGCUCCAGGGCUGGGCAGAGAAGGGAUUGCUGACACAGCCAAAGAUGAUCAUCAGUAACAUGGAGGCUCCGGUGACAAAUGGCCCCAGCGGAGGGGGCACCACGGCCAACGGCCCCACCAGUAACAGCCGCGGCUGCCCCUCGCCCAUGCAGACCGGGCCCACAAACGACGACAGCAAGACCAACCUCAUUGUCAACUACCUGCCCCAGAACAUGACCCAGGAGGAGUUCCGCAGCCUGUUCGGGAGCAUCGGGGAGAUCGAGUCCUGCAAACUGGUGCGCGACAAGAUCACAGGUCAGAGUCUGGGCUAUGGCUUUGUCAACUACAUCGAUCCAAAGGACGCAGAGAAAGCCAUCAACACGUUAAAUGGACUCAGACUUCAAACCAAAACGAUCAAGGUUUCGUAUGCGCGACCCAGCUCGGCCUCCAUCCGUGACGCCAACCUGUACGUGAGCGGCCUGCCUAAGACGAUGACCCAGAAGGAGCUGGAGCAGCUCUUCUCCCAGUACGGACGCAUCAUCACCUCCCGCAUCCUUGUCGACCAGGUCACAGGCCCCACAGGCGGCUCCCGGGGCGUGGGCUUCAUCCGCUUUGAUAAGAGGAUAGAAGCUGAGGAGGCCAUCAAGGGCCUCAACGGACAGAAGCCAUCAGGUGCGGCGGAGCCCAUCACGGUCAAGUUCGCCAACAACCCCAGCCAGAAGACCAGCCAGGCCCUGUUGUCGCAACUCUACCAGUCACCCAACCGCCGAUAUCCGGGGCCCCUCCACCACCAGGCUCAGAGGUUCAGGCUGGACAAUUUGCUUAAUAUGGCCUAUGGCGUAAAGAGGUUUUCUCCCAUCACCAUCGACAGCAUGACCAGCCUGGUGGGCAUGAACAUCCCCGGGCACACCGGAACCGGUUGGUGCAUCUUCGUCUACAACCUGUCCCCGGAUUCGGACGAGAGCGUGCUGUGGCAGCUCUUCGGUCCGUUCGGCGCCGUCAACAACGUCAAGGUGAUCCGUGACUUCAACACCAACAAGUGCAAAGGCUUCGGCUUCGUCACCAUGACAAAUUACGACGAGGCGGCCAUGGCUAUCGCCAGUCUCAACGGUUACAGGUUGGGCGACCGCGUCCUGCAAGUCUCCUUCAAGACUAACAAGACACACAAGUCCUGAACUUUAUGUAAGAAGCAGUCGCCACCCCCAACCCCCAGCACCUCGGCCCCCAUCCAAAAUUGCCCCCCUCCUCCCACACAACCACCCCGCCCUCAAGCCCCUCCAGUCAGCAGCACUACUACCAACCUCCUUCAGUCAUCCAACUGGAACAUCAAGCAAGCAUCCAAAACCAAUUGAACUAGAAAUGGCUUAUAUCAUAACUUUGGACCUAUAAGCCAACGUUGCCUAAGUAUUACGGAAAUGAAAAUGAAAAUGAUUUCUGGGAAGUUCCCGUUGUUGUAUAUUCUUUCUGUUUGUUCUGGUUGCUAAAAUGAUUUUUCUCUUGGGUGUAAACGGUAGCAAAUCCCCUCAUUUUAGAGACGAGAAUGUCCUUUUUAGACCAACUGUCUUGAUUCAGGAUUAUUAUUAUUUUUUUUUUUUUUUGUAUAUCCGGAUCCACUGUCGUUAGUAUCCCAGACCUCCCUGUCAGUGAAAGGGGGGGGCUCUUUUUUUAAAAAAAAUGGUGAUCCAUGCAUUCAUUUCUAGCCGUAUUAAAAAAGUCCCCUUAUUAUUAUUAUGUGGGAUUUCACACUCCCGCUGAUUCUGAUGUAAAAAAAAAAAAAAGUAAUUUAUAACAUUUUUGUUUUGUAUCGCAAACAAAACAUAACGUCUUUCCUCACAGGGAGAUGGGGUGCAGGGGUGGGGGAUGGGUUAGCUUUCCUGAUGACAUAUUAAGUAAUUUAAGAAAAAAAAAAUAACACUGUUGCCAAAGAGAAGAUCUCUUUGCUUGGAAAUAAAAAAAAAGAUGCGUUUAGAAAAAAAAGAUAAAAAUAAAUAGAAAGAGGAAUCUAUUUUUAUAAAUGAUAAUUAAAAUAAUAAUUACUGAGAAAUUUUUACAAGAAUCUGGAUUUGAAAAAAGAGAAAAAUAUUUUGACUGGCUAACUGGGAGUGGGAGGGAAGGGGGGGGGGGGCACCACCUUGUCUUGUCGUUCUGCCAUUUCUAGGCUCAACAGAUCGUUUGUUUUCCGAGGUAGCCCGGUUGGCGACAGCGAUUUUGUAGACGGAAGGUUUUGUGAAAAAAAAAACAAAAAAAAAACGGAAACCGAGGCGGGUGAUUUUGGUAAUUUUUCACACAGUGCGUAAUUAUUCAAUACCCAAACGGGGAAGGGAAAAGGGGAACCAUCGUUAGCGUCCAGAGCCCCAAAGCAAGGAGACCCUUUGUCUGGUUCUUUUCCCGUUACCGUCAACAUGUCCACAUGGGACAUCAGUAAACACAACAUAUAUGCAUAUGUCCACGUAGACCGCAUCCUCGGCAUCAUAUGGUUUCUCUUUGCUCCGCAUUUGUGUGCAAAACUUCCUUUUAGCGAUCAACAGUAGGUGCUAUACUACAUUAUUCACAUAUCUUAAAUAUCCCAGUUGGUUGUUCUAUGUGUUGUUUCGAAAUACUAAUACGUUGAUGUUGGCAUUGAAUUGAGCUUCUUUGUUUAUCGUUGGCCCAAAUUGUCUGGUGAGACUAUUUCGUUUGCUGAAAAACCACAUCAACUCAAUUCUGGGCGGUGUAUUAAAAAAAAUUAAAAAAAAGAACAAAAAAUAUGAAAAAAAAUCACUGAACAAAAUAAUUUUUUUAAAUUUUUUUUAUUUUUUGCUUUGUUUGGCUUGCUGAUUUUUUUUUAGUUUCUUGCUCAGCGUGGCGCGUUCGUCCAACUUAACGAUGAUUAGCUCUAGUUCCUUUAGUCUAGAUAUUUGUUUCCUGAGAAAGGCGAUCUAUGACUACUGUGUCUUUAUUUGCUCUGUACAAAUAGAUGAUCUAUCGAUAUAUAUAUAUAUAUAUCUAUAUAUACAUAGUCUACAUUUGUUUUACAAUAUCUACUGUACUUAUCUGAGUUGUCACUGUUCUUUAGUUGGAGCUUGUCUUUUUCAACUUAUUAUGAAGUGGUGGUUCAGUUACUUAGAAAAAAAAAACUUGUGAGGAAACUGUUAAAUUGUCGUCAUGUUGCUUGUGGAGAAAAAAAAAAUAAGGUUUGGAUGAACUUUUCGUUAUUACCUACCGCGGCAAAAAGAAACCGAACAAAAAGCUUUGAAUAUAAAAAGCGUAUUUGGAACCUACUUCUCUAAUUUAUUUACUUUCUAUUUAUUUCUAUUUAUGAUCUAUUUAUGAAGGGGUUAAUUUAUCUGUGUAUUUAUGUAUUUAUUUGUUUCAUUGUCUGUGUAUUUGCGUGAUUCUGGUACAGGGAGUGGGGGCGUUUCUGAGCAAAAGGGAACAAAGCGACUAGUGGAGAAGCUCUUCCAGUAGUCCACUGCACUGAGAGAACUUUUAGUACGUUUGUGCUUUGUACCAAUAUAUCAAAACGAUCAUAUAAAAAAACUCUAAAAGUCAGGAAAACUGAAAAAAAAAGUGUGUGGAGCGUCGGCGGAGAGGGGGAGGGGGACGCUCUUCCCUUAUUACUAGAAACAGUUACUCGCUAUGCAUAACCUAGUUAUUAAUAGUUCAAUUUGCUAUUGCUUUUUUCUUGUCUUGUUCAAAAAUGAAAAUCUCUUUCGAUCUUUUUCCAAUGACGUUUAGUCUUAAUAGAAUGUUAUAAACAGUCGUUCUGGUUCAAUAUAACCUGUGAUAAGUUUGUGUAGUUCUCGAAAGCCACUUCGUCCACACCCUCCCUCCACUUACUACCGCUUUGUGAUGAAAUCUUUAUGCAAAAAUGUUCUUUUUCACGACACUGAUUGGAACGUUCGGCUCACCGAGGCUCAUCCCAGGUUGCACUGGACUAAAGAUAUUUUUAAAAUUGCAUACCGACAGAUGUUUAAAAAUAGAAACUCUUAUUUACAAGUACUCUGGAGGGAUGAAAAGAGGAUUGUACCGAUUCUAUAUUUUAUAUACUCUAAUAUGAUAUAUAUUAUAUAUUUUGAAAGGUAAAAGGUAGGGUUCCAGAGUUUGAAAUAUACACAAUUGGAUUCUUUUGUUCACAACGAGGUGUGUGUGUGUGUGUGUGUGUGUGUGUGUGUGUGUGUGAGUUUCUUGGACUAAGGCUGCGUUCACACUUGGGGUUCUGUACUCUGGUCCAGACAAAAAUUUCACCAAAAGCUUCUAAAAUAUACUUUUCAAGAGUUUAUGAAACAUCAUGUGGCGCAAUGUUCUGUUGGGUUGAAUAUGUAAGGUAGCCGAUAAAUAUAUUCAGUUUUUACCAGCUCAGAUUUCACCAAAAGCUUCUAAAAUAUACUUUUAAAGAGUUUGUGAAACAUCAUGUGGCACAAUGUUCUGCAGGGUUGAAUGUGUAAAGGCAGCCGAUUAAUAUAUUCGACUGUUUUUACAAGUUCAGAUUUCACCAAAAGCUUCUAAAAUAUACUUUUAAAGAGCUUAUGCAACAUCAUGUCGCACAAUGUUCUGCAGGGUUGAAUAUGUAAGGUAGCUGAUUAAUAUAUUCUGUUUUUACCAGCUCAGAUUUCACCAAAAGCUUCCAAAAUAUACUUUUCAAGAGUUUAUGAAACAUCAUGUUUCACAAUGGUCUGCUGGGUUGAAUAUGUAAGGUAGCCGAUUAACAUAUUAUACUGUUUUUACCGGCUCAGAUUUCGCCAAAAGCUUCUAAAAUAUACUUUUAAAGAGUUUAUGAAACAUCAUGUGGCACAAUGUUCUGCUGGGUUGAAUAUGUAAGGUAGCUGAUUAAUAUAUUCUGUUUUUACCCGCUCAGAUUUCACCAAAAGCUUCUAAAAUAUACUUUUCAAGAGUUUAUGAAACAUCAUGUGGCAAAUGUUCUGCUGGGUUGAAUAUGUAAGGUACUGAUUAAUAUAUUCUACUGUUUUGCCUGCUCAGAUUUCACCAAAAGCUUCUAAAAUAUACUUUUCAAGAGUUUAUGAAACAUCAUGUGGCACAAUGGUCUGCUGGGUUGAAUAAGUAAGGUAGCUGAUUAAUAUAUUCGACUGUUUUUACCGGCUCAGAUUUUGCCAAAAGCUUCUAAAAUAUACUUUUCAAGAGUUUAUGAAACAUCAUGUGGCACAAUGGUCUGCUGGGUUGAAUAUGUAAGGUAGCUGAUUAAUAUAUUCUGUUUUUACCAGCUCAGAUUUCACCGAAAGCUUCUAAAAUAUACUUUUAAAGAGCUUAAGACAUAUCAUGUGACAUAACUGAAAUGUUCUAAACCAAAAUACCAUCUGCUGGAUGGAAUAGAUUGGUUACUUUUAUAUUCUGCUAUAUUUGCCAUAUUUAUUUAUUUACCAUAAGCUUGUAAAAUAUGCUUUUAAAGAGCUUUUGUGACAUGUUUCCUGAUGUAACUCAAAUAUUCCAAACCAAAAUACUGUCUUCUGGGUUGAAUACAUGGUCUACGUUUAUAUCCUGCCAUAUUUAUUAUCUCAGAUUUCACCUAAAGCUUGUGAAAUAUGCUUUUAAAGAGUUUUCCUGACAUAUUUUGUGACAUAACUCAAAUAUUUUCAACCAAGCUGAUCCAGUAACCAUCUCAGAUUUCAGCAAAAGCUUCUAAAAUAUACUUUUAAAGAGCUUUUGUUACAUAUCUCAAAUAUUUCUAACCAAGCUGAUCCAAGCUGUUAUAGUAAUCAUCCCAGAUUUCAGCAAAAGCUUCUAAAAUAUACUUUUUAAAGGUUUUUGUUACACAUUAUGCGAUGUAGUCCAAAUACACCAAACAAAAAUAUUGUUUUCUGGGUUGAAUACAUGGGCUACUUCUAUAUCCUGCCAUAUUUAUUGCCUCAGAUUUCAGCAAAAGCUUGUAAAAUAUACUUUUAAAGAGCUUUUGUGACAUAACUCAAAUAUUUCCAAACAAUCUGAUCCAAUCUGUUAUAGUAACCAUCUCAGACUUCAGCAAAAGCUUAUAAAAUAUCCUUUUAUAGAACUUUUGUGACAUAUUUUGUGCCAUAACUCAAAUAUUUCCAAACAAGCCGUCUCAGAUUUCAGCAAAAGCUUCUAAAAUAUACUUUUUAAAGGCUUUUGUUACACAUUAUGCGAUGUAGGCCAAAUAUUCCAAACCAAAAUGGCUUUUUCUGGGUCGGUUAGGAAUAGGUUACUUUGAUAUUCUGCUAUUUUUACCAUCUUUGAUUUCACCAAAAGCUUCUAAAAUGUACUUUUAAAGUGCAGUCACACACACACAUGGGGGGGGGGGGACUUCCUGUCAUUUGAACACCGGUGUGUCACAUUUGAGCUCAAGUCAAUCGAAGCGGUGCGCACCAGGGUUGGGGUGGCAGCACCAUGACGAGCAGAGUUGCUUUUUCCGAACCGAGUGUGAACGCACCCUAAUUGAAAUGCACACACAAACACCUCAGUCAUCAUUACCAUCUGUACGCCAUCACACAUACACGAGCAGACCCCUCCACGCCCCCGUCAGGGGGGGGUUGGAACUUAUGCAACGACCCCGGUAGAACGUUGUUCUCACGUUUGAACUCAUUUCCUUCCCUCUUUGAUGAUGACCUUUCACCUCCCGUCAUGGUUGUACGUGUGAGAAGAAGUGCAUGAUGGGAUGCAUGAUUCUUUAUGAGUGUGUUUGAGUCCAAGCCACCCCACCCCGGCCCCCGCAAAGGCCCCCGCCAUCCCUGUAGCGCCCUCUAAGUGAGUGCCAGUCGGACCCAGUAGUGGAGGAGGGAAGGUGAUCAGAGGAACUCGGCUCUUCUUCUCGUUGCUUUUCUUUUUCUUUCCCCCUCCUGAGACGUGUUUGUUUACUAUCCGAUUUAAAAAAAAUCUAUAAAUCCUUAAAGACAAAAAAAGAUGAAAAAAUGUCGGUUGAGCCUCGUGAUUGCGGCUCUCUCUCUUUCUCUCUCUCUCUCUUUCUCUCUUUCUCCCUCUCUCUCUCCUGCUUAUGUUAUUACUUAACAAUUAUUACGAUGAUGAUGAUUAUUAUUCUGGUUAUUUAUGCUAUUAUUCUUAGUAUUCUUAUUCUUAUUAUUAAUCCAAUUACUGCGAUGAAUGACUUCAUGUUAUCCUUGCUAGUUUAGGUCAUUUCUGAAACUGGAAACAAAAUAGAAAUCUUGCUGUAAAUGUUUGUUUUUUCUUUUUCAUAAAACUGUUGUGUUUGAAUUAUUUGUACUUUUGAAUGUUGGGACAAUAAAAUGAGGUGUCAAGAGCUGGGAUGUCU